AUGAGCAUACUUGAAAGGCAAGCUCGAGUGUUCUUUCAGCUUUCCAGAGCUAGCAAAGGCAGUCGGACGUGGAGACGAUGCUGUCAGUCCGCCUCGCCAAAUCCUUCAAAGCAAAAGCCGAAGCCGUACUACGUUACCACUCCCAUAUUCUACGUUAAUGCUGCCCCUCACGUUGGCCACCUCUACACUUUCGUUCUUGCGGAUAUACUGAAACGAUGGGCACUUCUACGCGGUGAUCGAUCCGCGGUGAUGUUGACUGGUACGGACGAGCAUGGCAUGAAGGUUCAAAGAGCGGCGCAGAAGGCCAAAACGGACACCAAGCUAUUCUGCGAUCAAACCAUGCUACAGUUCGAUCGAUUGGCGCGAAAGGCGAACAUCAGCUACGACCGAUUCAUUCGCACCACCGACCCAGACCACAAAGAAGCCGUCCAGCACUUCUGGCGGGAAUUGAGCCACCGAGGGUAUAUAUAUGAGUCCAAACACGAGGGAUGGUACUCCGUCAGCGACGAGACAUUCUUUCCUCCCUCCGCAGUGCACUUGAUCAGGGAUCCUGCCACUGGCAGAAAAAUCAUGGUGUCGAAGGAGACUGGACGGGAGGUUGAAUGGACUUCAGAAACGAAUUACCAUUUCAAGCUAUCUGCCUUUCGCUAUCGGCUAUUGAGGCUCUAUGACGACAAUCCAGCAUUUGUCGUUCCUGCCACCAGGAUGAAUCACGUUAUUCAGGAGGUCAAGAAAGGGCUGGAAGACUUGUCCAUCUCCCGGCCUGCAGAAAGGCUCACAUGGGGCAUCAGGGUGCCGAAUGAUGACUCUCAAACUAUCUAUGUAUGGCUUGAUGCUUUAGUCAAUUACCUUACCCAAGCAGGCUACCCUUUUGCUGAUAGAACAGGUAGUGGAACAGAAUGGCCUCCUGAUGUCCAAGUCAUUGGUAAAGAUAUCACAAAGUUCCACUGCAUCUAUUGGCCAGCAUUCCUGAUGGCGCUCAACCUUCCCCUUCCAAAACAGAUUUUGACACAUGCACACUGGACCAUGAACCAUGCGAAGAUGUCCAAGUCCACCGGCAACGUCGUCAAUCCCUUUUUCGCCAUCGACCGGUUCGAGGUUGACACCGUGAGAUUCUACAUGGCCUAUGAUGGUGGAAUAGCUGAUGAUACUGAUUACGACAAUGCCUAUAUUAUCGAACGGUAUAAGAAGCUUUUGCAAGGAGGGAUCGGCAAUCUGGCCAGUCGGAUCAUGCGGGGGAAACGGUGGAGUGUCCACGAAUGCGUUCGCUAUGGAGCCGGUCAGGAUCUUGAAGCGGAACCUCUGGGGAAAGAUCAUCGUACACGUUUAGCCAAGCUACAGGCGCAAGUCCAACAUCAGUUCAUGACUUUGAAUCCCCGUGAAGCUCUGCACCACAUUAUGGAUGUAUUGGCAUUGACUAACAAAUUCAUCACGCAUAAUGCAGUCUGGCGAAUUGUCAAUGACCCAAAUGAAAAGGCUCAACGAGAUGUCAAAAUCAUCAUCUACUAUGCUGCUGAGUCAUUGAGGAUCUGCGGUAUCUUGUUGCAACCUUUUAUGCCUUCAAAGAUGGAGCGGCUGCUCGACAUGCUCGGAGUGGACGAAACGAGUAGAAAUUAUGGGCAUGCAAGACUCGGGAGAGAUCUCAGCUAUGGAAUUCCCAAAGCUGAUCUCGGGGCAGGGGCCGACACGUCGCUUUUCCCUCCGCUCACAUCGGAGCUGUGA